AUGUCCGCGUGUGUACGUGUUGUUGUUGUUUUUUUUUUUUUGUGUGUGUGUGUGUCUUUUUCUCUCUUUUUUGUUCCUUUUAGUCCUCUUUGGGGGGUUUCUGUAGGGAUGGAUAUAAAUCGUUUGGUAUUGUACUGGAAGAAUUACCAGCUACUUGAUUUUGUGUUGGGCCUAUUUCUACUUAUUUUUUCCUCGAUCCUUGUAUUUGUGGUUCCCCCCUACUGCCGCCCAUUCAGCUGGAAUGACCCAACGAUCAACUACCCGUACGUCACAAAUGUGGCCUUCCCGGCAUGGUCACUCCUGCUGAUGUUUGUCCUGGCAUUGAUUUUCUACGUCGCGGUGCUGACGUCUCUCGGCGGCCCAAUUUGGGUGUGGCUAAAGGCGCAAACAUUGGCAGUCAUUUCUCAGCUAGUGGUUGUUAAUCUGCUCAAGAUAUACGCAGGCCGUAUUCGCCCCGAUUACUUGGAACGCCUGCGGAGUUUGGGAAUUGACGAGAAUACGUAUGCCAAGAUCGAUGUGAAGUAUAUGUCAUCCACGGAAUUUUACUGCAAGCUUGGGGUCGAGCACCGUGUGCUGCGUGAAGGACGUCUCUCGUUCCCGUCAGGGCACAGCUCAACAUCUUUUUCGGUGUUAGCAUUUAUGUCCCUUUUCCUAUUUGCGCAUACGCAGCCAUCAUCACGUGGAGGUAGCUUUUUACGUUUGAUCCUCUCGCUGUCUCCCCUCGCCAUUGCCUUCCUGUGUGCCGUGAGCCGGACGCGAGAUUACUGGCAUCACUUUGACGACAUUGUAGCUGGAGCACUCAUAGGUACCGUCAGCGCGUUGAUGUGCUUCUACAAUGCCUUUUACAUAACGGAGGAUGGCCGUUGUGUUGCAAGAGUGAUAGAGCUAGCGCAGCAAGAGGAGCGCGCAGGGGAGAUUUCAAACGGUCGUCCUUUAUCGGUUGUAGUCGCUUGA